GAGAGUGAAGUGAGGAGUUUCCUGCAGUGUCUGCCUUAUAUCUCACAGCUCAGAACAAAAGGGAACCCCAUGAUACAAAAGUUUAUUCUGCUGGGCGAGGCUGAAGCUGAUGCCGAGGAUGCGGCCGCGGAGGAUGGACCAGGCGAGGAUGCGGCCGACGCCGCAGGCGUGGAUGAGGGCGCGGAGGCCGGACCAGGCGAGGAUGCGGCCGAUGCCGACGCCGCAGGCGAGGAUGAGGGCGCGGAGGCCGGACCAGGCGAGGAUGAGGGCGCGGAGGCCGGACCAGGCGAGGAUGAGGGCGCGGAGGCCGGACCAGGCGAGGAUGAGGGCGCGGAGGCCGGACCAGGCGAGGAUGAGGGCGCGGAGGCUGGCGCCGCAGGCGAUGGCGUGGGACCCGCAGGUGGUGGCGCCGCAGGCGGUGGCUGGACGGGCUCCUCGGUCCCCCAGCGGAAGCAGCAGGGUGAGGAGGCUCACAGGACCCCUCAGCGGAAGCUGCUGCAGAACCAGUAGGCACAUGGGCCUCAGGUACACACAAAACAAAACCAGCAGGCUCGUGGGCCUCUGGCACACAUAAGGAAGACUGCUGUUGCGCGGAGCACUGACCCUGCUCAGGGAGCAACAGCCGAGUGCAGUCCUCAUCUGGCUUCUUAGCCUCCAGGGGUCCAGAGUCCGCUGAGGGCUGCAAGUCAGCCUCUGGGGACGCCCUGGAGCAAGUUACAGUCUGAAAACUAGCCAGCUCAUGAGGAAAUAUGUCAGUAUUAGUAUGCUUGUCUCUCUGCUUGGGGUGAAUGCUAGAAAAACAGUCCAAAAUGUGUGGAGUAGGCACAGCCUCCUGAAAAGGGCCAAGCGAAGACUGUGACUGAGCACUUAACUGUGCUACUGACUGCGCUAUGGACUGCCGUAGAGGUUGUAAUGAUGCCAGUGGUGAUGGUGGCUGAGAGGCUGACAGAACUGAAAACUGAGCUACAGGUAGCGGAGUUGAUUGUGGUGGAGGCGUUGACUGAGCUAAUGGCUGCUGAGCAGCUAACUGAACUGAUGGCUGAACAGAUUGCACUGACACACGUGCAGCAGGUGAAGUGGGGAAACCACUGGGAGUACUAUCCCCUGUCACGAAACACAAAGUCCCAAAGUCAGAAAUAACACUAUCAGUGUCCUGUACACUCACCACAGCCGGGCGCGCUGAAGUGCCAAACUCCGGCUUCGGGGUGAUGCGCCGGCGGUGCGAUUGUUGCUUCCUUGUGGAAGAGGAAGCGGGGGUGCCUGAAGGAAAGGAGGUAGAACGCUGUUACGGCUGCUUCUGCUGCGGUGUGGAAAUGACCACCGCUCCCGUCAAUACCACAGGUGUGAGAGGAAGUGUGGUAGGGUGAUGAUGGCGAGGGUAGCAUUUCUUCUUUAAAGGUGGAUCGAGAGAUUUGGCCACAAACCUUGGUGAAAAAUGCUGCUGGCGCCGAGAACACCAAGCGGCGAGGGUUUCCAGAAGGGCAGCUGAAUCUUCCUUCCCAGGACCGCCCAUGCCAAAUAGUUCAUAGUUCAGCCUCGCUCUCAGAGCUGUUAUUAUGCGUUUUAGUCCAUUAAUGUCCAGGAAAGUGACAGUGGAGGCAGUGGACAACAAGCAAUGAUCAAAGAAAACUACCUCCAGCUGCCUCUUGUAGGGGUCCGCAGCGUGGAUUAUCCUCCCAUAGUAAUUCCACAACUGCGUGAGAUACUUCCCCACUGACACUAAACGUGAGUCUGCUGGAUCCAUGCUGGUCGCG